AUGAAUGUUUUAUUAUUGUUCUGUACAUUAUUCUCUUUCGUUUAUGGGUACAACUAUCUUAUCAUCUCUCCAGUAUUCGGUUACAGCCACAUGAAAUUUAUGGGAGCUAUUGCUGAUAUUCUUGCAGAUGCUGGACAUAAUGUGACAUUCUUGCAACCUAUUCUCUAUGACUAUUAUGCCCAUAAGAAAGUAGUGAAAAAUCCGAGAGUUGAAGUGGUAAAUUUGGAAAUGGAUGAAGAGGGAAAAGAGGUGGCGUCCGAUCCAAGCGGUUUUGGUUUCUUUUGGGAGUCCCGACCGUCAAAAAAUCCUAUAACUGGGAUGAAAAUCACGGCAGCUGUGCUCUACAAAGAGUUUGAACAUAUUUGUAGAAAGAUGCUGACAGAUAAGGCACUUCACAAUUGGAUUCUUUCAAAGAAAUUCGAUUCUCAUAUUUCUGAAGCGUUUGAUUUUUGUGGACUAUAUCUUGGAGACUACUUGAAGCUGAAAUCUCCUAUCCCUCUCUACUCCGGCGUUCGAUGUGGAGCUGCUUCUUAUGCGAUUGGAGAGCCGAUACCUCUGAAUUACUUGCCAAGUGAAGGAUCAAAAUAUGGGGAGGAUUCUACUGCUAUCGAUAGAAUAAAAGAUGUUCUCGGACUCACCGCUUAUCAUUUUCAAUUCGGAUUGUUGUUUGAUAAGCAGUACGAGCAAGCAUACGAAUUGACGGGAGGAAACGUCAGAAAUUGGCGAGAAAUUCUACAAAAAUCGACUUUCUUUUUGACUAACUCCAAUCCUUAUUUAUCAUUUUCCACACCAACGAUUUCAAAAGUGGUUCAAGUCGGUGGAUGCACUAUAGAUCCCCCAAAAAGCACUAACCUAGAUGAUCAAUUCGAUAAGAUUCUGUCUCUCCGCAACACUACGAUUCUCGUUUCAUUCGGAACUGUCAUCCAGUCGUCUGAUAUGCCGGCUCAUUUCAAGGCUGGACUCAUCGAAACGUUCCGGAAGAUGCCACAAACUACAUUUAUCUGGAAAUAUGAGGAAGAUGAUUCAGAACUGAAAAAGCAGUUGCCUGAAAAUGUUAUAUUGAGCAAAUGGGUAACACAACCGGCUCUGUUAGCUGAUGACCGAUUGAAUGUUUUUGUGACUCAUGGAGGUUUGGGAAGUACUAUGGAAGUUGGAUAUGCAGGUGUUCCUAGUGUCAUGAUUCCAAUAUUCAGUGACCAGGGAGUCAACGCCGAGAUGCUUUCUCGACACGGUGGAGCAGUUGUUUAUAGCAAAUUUGAUCUUCCGGAUAGUGAGAAGCUAGUGAAGACGUUAAAGACAAUUCUGAGAAGUUCGGAGUACAAAAAGAACGCUCAACGACUUUCGGACAUUCUCCAUCACCAGCCGAUGAAGCCUAAACAAAUUCUUCUGAAUCAUUGUGAAUUUGCAGCUAGAUUCGGACAAGUUGACAGUUUGGAACCACACGCCAACCAGUAUAACUUUAUCAAAUUCUACUGUCUUGACAGUUUAGCACUGGUUGUUUUCGUUCUAAUGUUUGUGGUAUUUCUGGUCUUUAAACUCUUAUUUUUUGUGUACCAUAGUUGUUCCGGUCGAUAUUUCAAACUAAAACACGAAUGA